AUGAUUGCGGGCGUUUUGCAACAUUACAAAAGAAAAAUCUAUCAUCCAGUUGAAAAAAUUUAUUGGAUCGCAUCACUGUUGAUCGUUUUUGUCGCGUCACUCUUGCCCAUUUCUAAUUUUAUAUUCAAAUUCCUCGCCAAUCCUAUCAAUGUUGCCGUUGACAGAGAUUAUUUUCACUUUAAUUUGACAUUUCCCUCGUUGACGUUAUGCCUCCAUAAUCGGCUUAACGAAACGGCGGUUGAGCAUUUUGUGCAGCAAUAUGCAAAAGUUGCGAAGAAACGACAAUUGGAAGCGUUUUUGCACGAUCUCGCGUACUUUGAUCCGAAUCACAUGGAAAAACUUGCGAAAUUCACGCGAAUUAGUACGAACGAUUAUGUGAACAUUCUUGUUAAUGUUUCGAACCACAUGAACGCACAAAUUAUCACGCCGCAAAAUCGCUCGUACGAAUUACAGCCCAUGUUGACAGAAGUUGGUUUAUGUUACGUUUUCAACACACGCAUUGGGCACUUGUUUAAUCCAACAACGACGACGAGAAUGAGUGAAGAAUCUGCAACAGAUCAACACUUGUAUAAAAUAAAUUUUUAUGAUGCGGAAACGGAAGGCAAUCUCUUGUACAUGGGAUCGAAUUUCGAUAUUUUCAUGCACGGACAAAUGGAGUUGCCCUCCGUUAAAGCAGUUAUUCGUACGGAACGUGGACAACAAGGAUCUUAUAUUAAAUUGAUGUUUACAACGCACGUUAUUACAUCGGAUGAGGAUGUUCGAAAUUUGGCUAUUUUUCAACGGAGAUGUCGUUUCGAUGACGAAUCCAAUUUAGUGCAUUUUCCGCGACAUUACUCACCCAGCCUCUGUCAAUUGGAUUGCAAACUACAAGCAUACGAAAAACACUGUGGAUGCAUUCCCUUCUAUUAUCAUCAUGUGACACGAGAUCGCAAUCAAUGCAGUCACAACGAACUAAAGUGUAUUUCCAAAAUAACUGAAUUCAUAGAAAUGCAAAAUUCCGAAUGCGAAUGCUUGGCAAGUUGCAACGACGAGAAAUUAUUAUUGCAAUCAACAAAUUCAUUUUAUUGGCUACGUGAGCCUUCGCUGCACUUUGACCUGGAAAAGAUAAAAACCGCUUAUCGUCGACAAGUAAUCUUUGGCUGGCGUGAACUUUUAGUUGCAUCUGGCGCUUCCGCUGGAUUAUUUCUCGGGAUUAGCGUUUUAUCUGUAGUUGAGUUCUUCUACUUGCAAAUUAUACGACGCGUUUACUUGAUGAAACGAAAUUGUUGGAAAAAAACUUAA